AUGGAUUUGACAACGCAGAUUACGAAGUCGGGUGGAAAUCGGCAAUCCUCUGACUCUGUUGCUGAGCUCGACGAAGACGUCGAUGCGACGUAUGGCGGAGAAUCCAAUCGAGCAGCCUUGCGAAAAGAGUCAAUACGCUGGCGACGGUCUGGCUCGUGAUCGCCUGCCUCACCUUCCCUGAUGCCACGUGGCUCGUGGCCACUAGCUUUCCCGUCGAUUUCCAAGUCUUGCGACGAAGAACAACCAGAGCUACGGCAGAAUGCUGAGGUACGGUAACAUUAUCAUCCAUAGCAGUGGCAUCGUGACGGGGCCUCCCCUCCCCUUCAUCUACGUCCCCAUAACUUAUCGAUACGAUGGCAAUGACAAACGAUUUUUACUCGAGUCUGACCAGGAGUUCCUGGUCAGGAUACCAUGGAUGGUGCUUAGUGGGGACAACUACUUCGUGCCGGCGCUGUUCUUGAACCGAAUGCUCGAACCGGAGCUCAGUCGGCUGUUCCCAGACAAGGAGACUGUUUUCCACCAUCUGAGCAGGUACCUUUCAUCCCUCCGAUACCGUCUGGGGGAUGAUUACCAGGGACUACCACUCCUUUCUCUCAAUUAGGGAGAAUGAUGCAAGACAAAAGGGCCCAAAAUAGAUCUUAAAAAAGAGCGACACAAGAGAUGAGAAUUUAAUGUCCGGAUGAUCCUGCAAUUUUAGGAGAAUUAAGAAUAUUAAUUACCUAUUGGUUAUCUAAUUCUAAGAGUCAAACAAUCAGGAUUUGGACCACCAAUCUUUAACAAGGGUGGCUACCUUAUGAAUCUCACAAAUUCUAAGAGCAAGGAUUUAAAAUAAUGACCAACUUCACAGAAAGUUUGAUAAUCAACACACCUUUGCAAUGGAGAUUUUGAUUGAUUUUUUUGAUUCUUGUGGCUUCAGAUCCACGAGCUUUGUCAGUGAUUUUCUAAGGUUCAGACUGAGUGGUUCGCACCAAGGAGUGGAAUGCUGUGGUUUGAAGUGAAUGGACUAUUUAGGCCGAAAGUUAUAAAUGGGGUCCAAAAGUGAGGUGAAAUAAUAAAAUAAUGAUAAAAAGAAAAAAAAAGGGUGGAGAGAGAAAAGGGGUCUAAAUGAGAAGGCGUCAGCGGGAGAGAGAGAGAGAGAGAGAUAAAAUGAGGGGGUACAUGGCGACGGCAGAAGAUAGAAGAAAGAAGGUUCUCAUGAGGACGAGAACCGAGGGUGAAUUUAAAUUGACUAAAGGGGGGAGGGAGAAAAAGGGGCGAAAUGAGAGAGUUUCGCCGGUAGAGAGAGAGAGAGCGGUCUCGUCGGGACGGGAGGCUAAAGGCGGUAGGUGGUGACAGUAAGAGAAGGGAAGAGGCUUUUGCGAUGAGACUAAAGGGGGAAGGGGUCUAGUGGUGACGGCAGGCUGGCGAUGGGGCGAAUGGCGAGGAGGUGGAACGGCGGCGACAGGGUGGACGGCGAGGAGCCGGGACGAUGGCGAUGGGGCGCACGGCAAGGAGGCAGAAUGGCGGCAAGGGGUCAGAUGGUGAGGAGGCGGAACGGCAGCGACGGGUCGGGUGGUGAAGAGGCAGAAUAGCGGUGACAGUUGGAGAGGAACGAAAGGUGGGUUUGGUGACAGGCCGGAUGGCUAGAAGGCAGAACGAUGGCGACGGGGCGUCCCCUCCCAAAGAUGACUAGAAGGCAGGCCUGACGGCUAGGAGGCGGAACGUGGGCGAGCAGAUGACGACGAGAUGGAAAGACGGCGUGGGAGAAGAGAAGGGAAGAGGUCCCCUAAUCCAAGAGGGUGACAAGAAGAAGAUACCCAUAAUCCAAGAGGCGAGCGAAAGAGAAUAGGAACUCCUAAACAAAGAGGCGAAUGAAGGAGAAGGAACCCCUAAUCUAGGUGGUGAGAGUGAUAACACGAAUCUUCUUGAUUCUAAAUUUACUUCCUCUUCUAAUAUUCUUUAGUUUAAGUAUUUAUAGGAAACAGAGGAAGGUAGUUAGAGGCGUCCCCUCCCAAAGGAUGCCAAAUGGUGUCUACUGGAGGGAGAGACGCCGUCCUUAGGGGAGAAGGGCUGCAUGGGUGACAUGGCCUCUCCUUCUUCUUCCUCCUUGUGGGUCCACCUAAAGGAAUGAGCCCUCAUGUUGACUCCAUUAGAGUAAUUGGGGAUCCAGAUCAGAACAUUCAACAAGGAACAGUCACCUCUAGACCAGGUAGUGGAUCAGGUCAUAAACUGCACUCUCAGCGAAGGGCUGCUGCCACCAGUAGCCUUGGACAGGCCAGUCGUCUCUGCCAACCUAAACAAUUCCAAGGUCGUUCUUAUCACCACCCUUCACUCCCAAUUCUCUGACCGAACUAGGAAUAUGUAUUGCGAGCAUCCCAGCAAGGGUGGUGUCCUAGUAAGCAUCCACCAGCCAAGUCACGAGGAAUGGCAGCAGAUGGAAUUGGAGAACCACGACCUUAAGGCAUGGGCAGAGAUUUAUCUCCUCUGCUUUGCCGACGUUCUUGUGACGAGUGCUGAGUCAGCGUUCGGGUACAUUGCACAUGGGCCCGCUGGUAUACGACCCUGGAUUCUUAAAAGCUCCUAUAGCGGCAGGAUGCCGGAACCCUCUUGCGUGAGGGAUACGUCCAUAUACCCUUGCUUCCACUCGCUGCCAUGGUAUGAUUGCGAGUCCUGCAAGUGGCUCUCCGACUCGGGAAAGGAGAUCUCCUAUGUGACGCACUGUAGGGACUUUCCCCACGGCAUCGAGCUGGUUGGUCAGAUUGAUUGA